GUUGGGGUCGGUAAUCUUAAAAUUGAGAUUUAGAAAGAUAAAAUUAGUUGUUUGGGUACGACAACGACAAUUACUAGAGCGGGUCGUACCAAUCGUGAUCGUCUCCACCAAAAACUGAGAAUCAAAAGAUCUAACAUCCCUACAAUGGAGGCUGAACCAUCGCGCGUCUCGUCUGCGGAAGCUGUCAUGCUUGGAGCUUUGGCUCCUGGCGUCAACGGUGCCACAUGGAACACGCUAAAGAUGGCGUUUCUGAUGCUGGGCGUUUGCCUCGCUGCUAUGCUGGGAUUAGCGUUUUCCUCCAGCGACUCUUCCUUAAUAUUCCAUGUCGCCUUCCUUCUACUCAUCGCCGCCACUCUCUUCGUGCUUCUUACCGGGUAUUCUAACUUCAAUUCAUCACUGUUUUUAAUACGUGUGGAAUUUGCUAACUGGGCAUCAUAUGUUAAUUAUGAGACUUACAUCACAAUGCACUCUAGGUGUUCGGUAAUAUUUCCCAGUGGGAACUAUUCAAAAUUUGGAUACUUACUUUCUGUCUUCGCUUGUUGCCAGCUUUCAUUUUUCUGAGAUGUGCUGUGUUUGUUUGAGUUGUGUAUGUAUCCUGCCCGAUCAAUGAAUAAUCUUUUUGUUUCCAGAAUGUUAAUAAUGUUGAUAGUAAAUAUUCUGGGAAUUUGGCUGUGUUAUUGUCAAAUUUGAUGGAAAGAAAAUAAGAAUUAGACAUUAUCUUGUAGGGGGAUGGCCUUUCUCUUUGGCCUUUGUAAUUCUCAGGCAGCUUCAUGCAUGAUCACCUUUUUGUUGCUGGUGUCUAACCUGAUAUGUUGGAAUCAACGAGCAUGGCCAUAAUUAUUAACAUUUCAGUAUCUAUAUUUUAUAGCUUCCUUGCAGAGACGGGCCUUGUCUCAGUCGAGCAUCAGAUGCAGGAGAUUGGCUUAGGAAAUAAAGAUGCAGCAGGAUACAGUAGCAAGAAAAGCAUCUGAUUUUUGAUUACUACAUCAUACAGUUUCAGAUGACUAAGACCUUAUCAAGAUCAAUACAAGUUACAUGGAUCCUUACAAUUGAAAGUCUAUACACACGACAAGAGGGGAAAGUGACUGCUAGAUGAUCAUGUUGUGCGCUUUCUGCAGAUCUUCAUUCUUCUUCUUCUUCGACUCGUCCUUUUUGGUCUUGAUGAAGCAGAAGCACGAGCAGCCCGGUAGCCCCAGCAUGAACUUCAUUUCUUCUCGGUUUUUGGAUGACUUGACUUAUCUUGCAAUUAUAGAUGUUUGUAACCUCAUGUACUAAUACAUUUGAUUCUAUUCCAUCCAGAUAAGAAGAUGCUUAGCUUCUUCUCAUACACUAUUCAGACUUAGUUAUUCUUAACUUGUUCCACUCAAGAUCAAUAUUAGUAGUUUUCUAUAUCCAUUUGUGGGCUCAAAA